AUGGCGAUGGAAAGCGACAAUUUCCUGGAGAACCUCUUGUUGCUGGCCAACGUCUCCCGGACAGUAGAGGUCAAGGCCUGUCGAACUGGCAAGCCGGAAUGGACCACGCGCAACUCGUUCGUUCUCACCCAGUUCUCUAAGGACAAGAGAAUUGUCCUCCAAGAGAGCUUGCCGGUCAGCCGUCAGGAGGAAGUAUACAUGGAGCAAUCCGUCGAUCAGAUGCUUGGAAACCUGUGCGACCCACAUCUCACGCAGCGUCGUGAGCAAAGUAGCUGCGAGCGCCGGCAGAAUGUCCAGAACACGCAGCUCGACGACGGAGCGCCGACAACAGCUCUGCAGCGACACGCCCCGUUCACUGAGACAAAACAGCUUUGCGACAUCUGGUUGCUGACGAAAGAUUUGAGGGGUGAGUGGUGGAGGGGUGGCUGGAAGGGACAGGUUGGUGGGUGGCUGGAGGGUGGGUGCCUGCAGGAUGGUGAGUGCUGGUGCUGGUGGGUGUGUAUGGGCGGUACACGGUCCUGGGAGGCCCUCUGCGAACGGACACCGGUCGUUCCCACAGAAGAGGAAGCAGCCGCUGCAGCAGGUGCACGAGCCGGUAUCGGCAGUACACGGUCCUGCGAGGCCCUCUGCGAACGGACACCGGUCGUUCCCACAGAAGAGGAAGCAGCCGCUGCAGCAGGAGCACGCGUGACAGCGAUCCGAUUCCCUUACAUGAAGAAAUCUGACAAGUAUGCGAGCGAGCCGGUUCCGGCGACCAAGCAUGCAGAUGUGUUGCAACUGGAGGAUCUGAGGAGACACCAGCAAUCUUCUACGCACGUCAUGGCUCUCGAGAAAAUGCAGCAAGGUGUGCCAUUUUCUCCGGCACCUCGUGGCGACGUGGAGAACCCGGUUUCGGAAUCGGAGGCUUUCCGACUCCCGAGCUCGCCAAGCUCCCCGAGCUCCCCCAGCAAGGAGAAGCAGCCGAAGAAGGAUGGGACAGCGUCAGCCGCGACAAGGAAAGCGACGUCGACCGUGAAAGAGCCCAGAUUACGUGCCACACGACGAGCAGAGGUUGCUCGCAAGAAAGAUGCAGCUGAGCAGGAGAAGCAGCUGCGCGCGAAGAUCCGCCAGGAGAUCGAGGAAGAGAUGGCAGAGCAGCGAAAAACUACACCUCUUGGUCAGGCAGUAUCCAAGGCCACUGCCCGCAAGGCAUCGAUGACGGAGAAGAACAUGAAAAUAAAGACCCAAGAAGAGGCCUUCUCCCUGAGACAUGGGAAGUUUGUCACGGACGGGGGUGUGCAGGAGUUUGUGUACAUCCCCGCGACCGACGCCUCAGAGAUCAGCGCCAAGUCGGGGGAACUUUUCGAGUCGAUCCUCCGGCAUUGGAACCUCCAGAGGCCUCAUCUGCUCAUCAAGUUUCAGUCCGGUUUCGCGCAUCCGAAACGGCUUAUGGAUGAGAAGGAGAUGGACAAGCUGGCGAACACCGAUUUCAACUCAGAAAUCUACCAGUACUACGACUACUUCAGAGAGUGCGUCGACAACGAUUCGGAUGUGACGGAGGCAAUCGACAAAAAGCGGAAGAAGCUGGAAGAGGAGAGGGACAAGCUAGAAAAGCAAAAGGCGCAGAACCAGAAGACUCUAGACACACACCAGGGGACCCCAGCGAGCUCACCCAAAGAAGCCGGAGAUUCUCGGCAGAAGGAGGCUCAAUUUCUUAGUGAGGAUGAGGAGAAGGAAGAUGACGAGAAGAACAACGCAGGUGCGCAGAGGAAGAGCCAGGACAGCAAAACGAGCUACGAUCGGCUCGAGGCUUUGAAAGACGAGCUGAAGAAUCUCGACGCGCAGGUCCGAAAAGAGAAGACCCUGGCCCUCCUCAAUGACUUCCUUUACGGCUCGCUGAGCAAUCUCAUCGAUGUGAUCGUCCGCGCGUGUGUGCGGAAUCGCUGCUGGAUCCUUGUGGAGGGCGGGCCGAAUGGUGGCCUUCUUCUUCUGAAGCAGGCGGCCGAGAGGUGUCUGGAGAAGCCAACCAUCCUCGUCAUGGACAGUCUGAAGAAGUCGCGCUAUCCGUACGAAGACGUCAGGAAGUUUGUAGAGGCGGAGGAUGAGGACGGCAAAGAGCUUCGGCAGGCACUGAAGAUGAAUGGCCAUCACAUGAGCGAGCUGGUGGAAAAGGGGCCGGCGGACAAAAAGCAGGUCAAGAUUAUCGCCGACAAGAUGGCCGCGCAGAAGAUGGAAAAAAUGGAGAGAGAAAAGGAGGAAGCGAGGAAAGUGGAAGGAGAAGCAAUGGAAAAGGCAUCCGUGAAGAGCGGUGCAUCCCGAGGGGAGAAGUCCAAGAAGGAGCAACGGGAAUGGACCCUCAAGGACCAGGAGGAAGUGGAUGCGAUCCGCGUCGAGAGUGCCCUGAUGACGGCGCGGCUUCUGGAGAACACGCAGCCCAUCAACCAGCCGGUGGUGACGCCCAUGAAACUGGGGCGGAAGUUCUGGGACAUGGACUCGGAAAAGAAAGGGUGGACGUGUAAGACCGCGAAGGAUCCGGAAGCUGGGAAGGUUCGGUGGAACCAGUGGCACUUUCGAGGAGGCACGCAUUAUAUCCUCUGUGACGACCACCAUCAUGCGCUGGUCCUACACAGCCUGGCUCCGAGUGGUUGCAUCUUCCUCGGGGGCGGCGAUAGCAGCAAGAAGGAGCUUCUGAAAAUGCUCGUCAAUGGUCAUCCGGUCGUUUGCUUGAAUAACACUGGGCGGCUCACGCAGGAGUUCGUGCGGUGUCACGACUUCCUUUGUGCCGAGCUCUUCAGGAUGGCGAAGCGCGAUGAAGAUGCAUCGUCAACAAGGAAUGCCACAAAGGGCACGAUGCUCAAGCGAUCACCAAGGAGCGAGUUGCUGCAGGUUCCGAAGAAAGAAAAGUCGGAUUACCUGAAGGACAACAUCAAGAAGAAGAGCGUGUUCAAAACUCUGACCUUCGAUGGAGAUCUCGGCAUCGUUGAGAGGAAGGGCCUCGUCUUCAACAUGCAGAAGUCUCUCAAGGAGGUCACAGAGUUCACGCAGCCAGAGCUUUGCGAGCUCUUUCUCACAUACCUCCGACGAGGUCUUCAAAUCACGAAGUUGUGUGUCGUCAUGGACCCACUCAACCCUCGAGAGUGCUCUGGCGGUCACACUGAGGACAAGCUGACGAAGUGCCGCCUCUUUGCUGAGGAACCAAAGGAAGACGAGCCGCCCGAGAAAAAAACAGCAAAGGCAGAGCCGGUGGUGUCAGCCUUUUAUGUCGAGUUUCUGAAGAGCAGGUCCACGAAGGCACCGCUGUCUCAGCACUUCAAAGAAGACCGGUUUCAGGAGCAUUGGGUGGUGCUCCGCGCCUGGGAGGAAGGCAGACUCUCUGCUUCCGAGCAGCAUGUACUACUGUCCCACCAUCUAUCUGCCGCUGAAGAUGAAGCGCUUCAAGAAGACCCGGAAACGAUAUUCGCAAAAAGACAGACUGUGCUCUGGCAGUUGAUGCAAGCAUGGACAAAGACUCGAGUCUUCGAAAUUGACACUUUCCUCGCUGAUGAAAGUAAACAUUAUUUGCGGGCCCGGAAAGCACCGAAAGACUGA